AUGGCUAAAUUUAGUCCAGAAGAAGUCUCUGCUCUUCAAGCUGGUGGAAAUGAGAGAGCAAAUCAAGUUGAUCUUAAAGAAUGGGAUCCUCUUCGCAAUUCUAAGCCAGAUUCCAGAUAUCCUCAUAAAGUAUUUGCUUCCAGUAAUAUACAGAAACUCCGAGAAUUCAUCAAGUAUGUGUAUGUGGAAAGAAGAUACACUGGAGAAAGUAGCAGCAAUCUUUCUAGGAUUAGAUUGAGUGAGAAGGAGCCUAAUGCAAGUAAGAGAAGUAGUUCAUUUCGUUUAGAGUUCAGAACUCCAAAUUCAAGUCUCGGUCCUUAUCCAAAAAGUGAUGACAAGAAUUUGAGAUAUUUAUAUGAUGAAAGCAGAAGUCCUAGAUAUGCUCAAAAGUAUUCAAGGAAUGGUGGUCAUAUCAGAAGUCCUAUACAGAUUGAAGUUGUUGAUGAUAGGUACAAAGAUGAUGAACGUAGAAAUAGAAGACUUGCAAAUAUAGAAACAAAGCUAAAGAAAACUUCAAGUGAUGAUCUGAAGAAAGUGGAAACUGUUGCAGCACCUUUGGCUGAAGUAUCAAAGGAGAAAGCUCAACCCCUAAAAAGCACACCUCUUACCUCGUCACAGACCCCCUACAUUGGGCUCGCCUUGCGACAGUGGAAGCCCUGGUCACGCCGCCACAACACCGUCGUCACGCCACCACAGCACCGUCGCCACACAGCCACAGCACUGUCGCCACACCGCCACAACACUGCUACAGAACCCCCAAAUCGCCACAAACGACCAACCACCACAACCCAUAAGGCAGCGUCACCGAACCUAGCACCCAACCCCCAAAUCGCCGUCAAUGAACCAACCAAGCAACGGAGACGAGAGCACCACAAGAUUGUGGAGACGACAACAACACUGUUAAUUCACGGCACGAGCACAAUGGGGAAGGAAAGGGAAGGGGAGCUGGAGACGAGGAAAGGGGAGGGAAAUUGGGGAAAUUAUGAGUAUAUGGGAACGAAUACCCAAUUCGAGAACUUAAACUAUUGUGGACAUUACCGAAGGCUAAAGACCCUCGGUAUGUUAUGUCACCAGCUCAUGACCCUCGGUAAAUAA